CGUGUCAGCCAAUUAUUGAGAUCCUUUUUGGUCUCCUAGCAACCAGGAAACAACGCAUGCGCAGUGUGUAACCGUUGGAGCCGGGCAGCUCGGCAAUGGGGAACUGACAGAAGUAUCAUAUUAUUAACUCAAGGCACCUCAAGUAAUGCUGGGAAGUACAAUUAUAAACCAGCGGCAACAUGUUGGACUGCAGAAGCUCUCAGCGCUGGCAGGAAUCACACAUUCCUCUUUGGGCCCCUAUAAAAGGUACAAGUUUAUCCAAGAUGCAACGAGCGGGGAGUCAGCGCUCGCGGGUUCAUGCCUCCGCGUCUUUGAGAACCUGGAGCUGACCUGCGCGGUGGGUCAGCUGGUUUACGAGACUAUUCAAGCACACCAGAAGGUUUAUCAUACAGGGUCGGGAUGCCUGCUGUUUCUCGCAGGAGCAUGGAGCCGUGCUGCUCUGGAUUGCCUUCAGAGAGGAAUUUCAGUGUCACACAUCAUCUCAGCUAUGUCUGAGGGAAUAGAUAUAUGCUUGGAUGUUUGCAGAAAAAGCAGCGUUUCAAUUGAUGCUCUUGGUGUGGCGCCAUCAGAGAGCUGCACCGUAACGUCUCAAAGUUUAGGACUUCACCUGUCACAGAAACCCACUGUGGAGGCUUCACAGGCACCAUCAAACUCACAAAGGACAACAAAAAUUGGUCACAAGACUUUCAACACCAGCGGACAAAGGAAAAUAAAGCUAAGCCGACAUUUUUGUGAGAACAAAUCUGAAGAUGUUUCCACGGUACCACAGCCUCAUCAGCCUAAGCUUCCUGACAUUGCACACAUUGCUGAGGGAUUGAGCCAUGGUUGUGUCGAAGCAAUGAAUUUAGUAGUUGAAGCCAGCCGGAUGCAGUCAAAAAGUAAUGAACAAGAUGUGAGGUGUUCCACAUUUGAUGUUACUAAAGUGGUGACUUGUGUGCUGCCUGGUUUACCAGAGGAACAUGCUUGCGUUUUACCAGGCUGCGUGGUUCUCUUACAUGCUGAACAGGCUGCAGUUGCACAUCAUUUCAAAGAACAACACGUGAAGGUUGCUCUUAUUAAUGGAGAUUUAUCAGACACCUAUCACCACCCUGGCUUUAAAAGGCCAACAGGUAUACAACGUGUGCGUAACCAGUCGGAUUUGUCGAGUUUAAGCAAAGACGAAAAGUGGCUGGAAAAGGUCGUGACACUUCUGUUGAACCUGGAAGUAAACCUGAUACUAGUCAGUGGGCUUGCUACUGAGAAAGUGAUUCAGCACUGUUGUAGACAUCACAUACUUGUGGUGGAAAAAGUGAAGGUUUCCGUUUUAAAGGUGUUCGCAAACUCAACAGGAGCUGUUCCGGUGACUUACGCCACACAGUUGAGUAAGCACUGUGUUGGUAGUGGAAUUAAAGUUGUCACACGGAGGGACCUCAAAAGCAAUGAGAGGACGUCUACAACAGCUGUGAAUAUUUCCACUGUCGGGAAAACCGCAUUGGUCACAGUAAUCCUCACAAGCUGUGUACACGGCAAGCUGCAGGCCUUGGAAGAUCAGUUUUGGGCUUGUGCUUAUCGCUUACACCACGCGCUGAAAGACAAAGCCCUCUUGCCCGGUGCUGGAGUGACAGAAAUGCUUUGUGUCCAUCACGUAGAAAAGCAAGCGGAGCAGCAUGUCAAGCAUUGCAGAGACAGGAAUAAUGACUCUGUCCAACAGACCAAAGCAGGGACAGCAGCUAACCCCUACAGGGGUGUGGUGUUGCGUCUCAUGGCAGAUGGUCUAAUAGAUUACAUAUCAACUGUAAUGGUUAACACUGGGGGGAUUUCAAAAGUCAAAGCCAGGACUGCUGUGAGCCAACAACUACAGGACUACAAUGGAAGUCUAGGCGUUGCUGCAAAAUUCUCACAACUUUCCUUAAAGGGUGGAACUGUGGAUAGUGCAGUUUCCUCAGCUAUGAACUCCGGUGAAGCAGCAGCUGUAAAAAUCUAUGACAAUCUUUGUGUGAAGCAGGAAGCAUGGAGGAAAGCCUUAGAUCUGGUCUUCCUGGUCUUGCAGACUGAUGCAGAGGUCAUUACACGAGUAGACCAGAACACUGACGGUGCACAUGCAGAUCUAAUGCUUUUAUGAUCUUCAUAUAGCAUCUUGUGGGACUGCUGUAUGUAGUAUUUGAUUGUGCACAACUUUCUGUUUUUUUUUGUACCAAAAUAGAAAAAAAGUUGUUUAAUUAGACUUCAUUAUGUUAAUUAAUAUGUAAUUAAGUUUUUUUUUAUUAUUUGUACAAAGUAAAAGAAUAAAGAAUAAACUGUU